AUGGUCAUGGGGUUUUCCGAGGAAAACGAUCGGUCUGUUCAUGUGCGGGUCGGUUUGUCUUUCCGGUCGUCUUUCACACGUCUUCCCGCAGCAACCGCACAAAAACCGUCACUUACUUCCUCGGGACCAUGCGGUUUCCUUUGUAAAUUAAUCCACCAUAAAGAUUGGCAUUCCAGUCAUAUAGAACGAUAUCAAGUUACUAUGUCACAUGCUGUCUCUAGUUUUUUAUUCAGAUCUGAAAAUCUUGGCCGUAAAACCACGCCUAAACCAAAUCUCCGUAGAAAAUAAUACAAUAAUUUUGUAAAUGUGACUAGCUAUUCAAUUCUCUUAACAGAAUUAGCAUGUACGUUCAGCAGCAGCGUCUAGGAAGCAGUGGUUCAAUAACGAGCUGAGUCAUCGUCGCCAUAUCAUAGCCGCGGCGAUAAACGGCGAUAGCAUCAACCAUCAACUGGUUCUAUGACCAGACACAACACUGGGGAAGCUCUCAGACAACUAUGUCGCUUCCCUAUUUCACCCCAGAAGACAAUGGAACCUUAAGUUUCGGAUUCGAAUCUGAAUGCGAACGCAAUAUAAACGCAAACCUUCUCCUUACGAUCCGCUUCUCCGCUUCAAUACCAGACCUCUACCUCGAUGUCCAAACCCCUGAAACCACCACAGCUGCGGGCCUCAAGCAAUUAAUCCGUGCACAUCUUCCUUUCCAUCUCUCCACGCAUCGCCUCCGUCUCAUAUACGCUGGACGAGGUCUCGAAGAUGCCACUGCGUUGACGAUAUCGUUGAGGUUACCACCGCCACCACCCCCGAAGGUUAAUAAGGAUGAAAGCGCAAAGGAUAAGGGUAAAGAACCAGUUCGCGAACAGCCUCGUGUUUACAUACACUGCUCGAUCGGAGAUAUCAUUCUCUCGGAAUCAGAUCUAGCAGAGGAAGCGGCUGCCGCAUCAACGCUUCUACGCAAGAGACAAGAUAGUUCCGGUGGCGAAUAUGAAGCGAAGAAACAACGAGAGAAACAAAAACAGCAAGUUUCAACGACAACGCCCGCACCACGCGGUUUCGACCGUCUGCUCACGGCAGGCUUUACCGCCGCGGAGGUGACAGCCCUCCGCUCGCAGUUCAUGGCUGUUCAAUCUGUCUCCCGUACGCCGGAUACGAUGCCUAGUGGUGCGGAGCUGCGCGAGCUCGAAGACCGAUGGCUAGAUGAAGGGACGACGACUGUAUCUGAUGCUAUGGGGACUGGGGUCGGUGCUAGGGGUGCUGGGGGCGAUGGGGAUGACGAUGGGAGCUUCGGGACUGGUUCGCGAGGAGCUAUUGAUGAUAUGCUUUGGGGUACGGUGAUGGGAUUCUUUUGGCCUAUGGGGUGUGCGAUGUGGUUGAGGAGGGAGGAGGGGGUUUGGAGUUGGAGGAAGGGGUUGGCGGUGUUUGUGGGGGUGGUUGUUAAUGCCGCAUUUGGGGCUAUGAGGAUUAUGAAUUAGACUUGGUUGUUGGUGUUUUAUGUUUAUAUUAUAUUUGUGCAAUGAUACCCCUGUUUCUGUUAAGAAAUCGAUAGUCAAAGCAAUGCGAUUCAACUGCAAUAUCGGAGUAUUGAG